CACCACCCGGAUCCUGUAACUGCGUCUCCUCAGAGAUUAGCAUCAGACUGUUGCUUCUUUUUUUUCCUUCUUUUUAUUAUUACAAAGAGAAUAAAAAAAAGAGUAAUACUUUAAUAUUAUUACUGUAUAGUUUUGCUGUUUAUGCUUUGACACAUGCGUGUGAGACGUGAGCUGACAGCAGAGGGAGAUGACAUGCUGGAGGCUGGACGCGUCGCUGGAGAGCAGAGCUCGUCUGUCACGUCCUGAAGCGGAGACAGCGGAGUGAGCAGCAGCAGCGGACCCAACUUUACUCCUCUUCCUCCGCAACAAAGAGGACGCUUUCCCCCCUGUCCUUUCUUUCCAGCUAUCAUUCGACGCCAUCGUACGAGUGAAUGACCUCGAAAAUAUUUCAAAUGCAACAUGUAUUCAUCCGCUGUGUUUGCAUUGUAAAAGGACAUGGAGCACGGAGGAGGACCGUCUGAGUAACUGUGAUUGACUUGUAUAUUCAGGAGCUUCGCUUCAUUUAAAACCUCCGCCACCAGGUUUGAUCAACUAGAUGUGAAGGAAUCGUUUGGUUCAAAGCUACCAUGGAUAUCUAUCCCCGGCCAAGCGGUGAGAUCCAGAGGAGGAACCCUCAGCAUGACUUUGAGCUCAUUCAGAGGGUGGGAAGCGGCACAUAUGGAGACGUGUACAAGGCUCGAAACAUACAAACUGGGGAGCUUGCUGCUGUGAAGAUCAUAAAGUUGGAACCAGGGGAUGACUUUUCCAUCAUUCAGCAGGAAAUCUUCAUGGUGAAGGAAUGCAUGCACCACAAUAUUGUGGCCUACUUUGGGAGCUACCUCUGUCGAGAGAAACUUUGGAUAUGUAUGGAGUACUGUGGUGGAGGAUCUCUGCAGGACAUUUAUCAUGUGACUGGACCUCUCUCGGAAAUUCAGAUAGCGUAUGUCUGCAGAGAGACUAUACAGGGUUUGGGAUAUCUGCACACCAAGGGCAAGAUGCACCGUGACAUUAAGGGUGCCAACAUACUUCUUACAGACAACGGAGAUGUGAAGUUAGCUGACUUUGGAGUUGCAGCCAAAAUAACAGCCACCAUUGCCAAAAGGAAGUCCUUCAUUGGAACACCUUAUUGGAUGGCUCCAGAAGUAGCAGCAGUGGAGAAGAACGGUGGCUACAACCAGCUGUGUGAUAUCUGGGCCGUCGGUAUCACGUCCAUAGAGCUGGCCGAGCUUCAGCCUCCAAUGUUUGACCUACACCCGAUGAGGGCCUUGUUUUUGAUGUCGAAGAGCAGCUUCCAGCCUCCGAAGCUAAAAGACAAAAACAAAUGGUCCACCGCCUUCCAUAACUUUGUCAAAGUGUCUCUGACAAAGAACCCAAAGAAGAGGCCCACUGCAGAAAAACUUCUAUCGCAUGUGUAUGUAGCCCAGCCGGGUUUGACUAGGAGGCUUGCUGUUGAUCUGCUAGAUAAGAUGAACAACCCAGACAACCACCAGCAUUACAGCGAGGUGGAUGAUGAUGACCUUGAGCCCCUCUCUGCAGUCAGACACACCAUCCGCUCCACCAACAAACAAGCCAGAGCCGAGAGGACGCGCUCAGAGAUAGACUCAAACAAUGGGAAAGACCAAGGAGGGCCAUGCUCAAGUCCUAGCUUCACUGAGGGCCACAGGGGGCAUGCAGUUGACAAGCUCCAGUUUGAACCUCCUCUCCGGAAGGAAACCGAGGCUCAUUCUGAAAUGGAUGUGAGUAAAGAUAAUGACUUCCCUUCCCCCUGGAGUCCCUUCGCAGAGGGAGGAAUAACAACCAGGGGACACAUCGCCCAUCUUCAAGAUGCCUUUGAAGAGGUGGAGCUGUCAACUCUCAAGCCAGGUGUUCCUCCUCCUCUGCCUCCGAAGCCACGAUUAGACAGCUCGUCAGAGGAGCUCGGCCUUAAUGAUGAGAGAUCUCUGACGGUUCGGAGGUUCCCCAACUCUGAGAACGGACCGAGCCAGGUGGUCCGCAUACAGAGCACACCUGAGCACCUGGGCAACAAGGUGGAGCACUCUCCUCCAGAUUUCCUCUCCGUCAGCGUCAGCAGCCCCGGCCUUUUGUCUCAUGCCUCUGAUCCAGAUAAUGAUUCGGACGACAGUGCGGAUGGAGGAAGUCCCAAGGGGCCACCCAACCGGCAGCACCGGAAGGAGAAAAAGGAAUUCCCUAAACCAGCCAUCAACGGUCUUCCACCCACUCCUAAAGUUCUGAUGGGAGCCUGUUUCUCUAAAGUGUUUGAUGGCUGUCCACUGAAAAUCAACUGUGCCACAUCAUGGAUUCAUCCAGACACCAAAGAUCAAUACCUAAUCUUUGGGACGGAGGAUGGAAUCUAUACGCUGAACCUUAAUGAGCUGCAUGAAGCCACAAUGGAGCAGCUGUUCCCGAGGAAAUGUACAUGGCUGUACGUUAUCAACAACAACCUGAUGUCUUUAUCUGGAAAAACCUUCCAGCUGUACUCUCACAAUCUCAUCGGGCUGUUUGAGCAGCUGAAGAAGCCCGGCCUGGCUGCUCAGUUCCAGACUCAUCGCUUCCCAGACAAAAUCUUACCCAGGAGGUUCGCCCUGACAACUAAGAUCCCCGACACAAAGGGCUGUCACAAGUGCUGCAUUGUGAGAAAUCCAUAUACAGGCCACAAGUACUUGUGUGGAGCGCUGCAGUCUGGGAUUGUCUUGUUGCAGUGGUAUGAGCCCAUGCAGAGGUUUAUGCUUAUCAAGCACUUCGACUUCCCUCUUCCCAGCCCACUGAAAGUGUUUGAGAUGCUGGUGGUCCCGGAGCAGGAGUAUCCUCUGGUGUGUGUGGCCAUCAGCCAAGGCAGCGAGCCGGGACAGGUGGUCCGCUUCGAGACCAUCAACCUAAACUCCUGCUCCUCCUGGUUCACAGAGAUCGGAACAACUCAUCAGCAGGUGGAUGCCAUCCAUGUCACCCAGCUGGAGAGAGACACAGUGUUGGUGUGUUUGGACCAAAAUUUGAAGAUUGUUAAUCUCCAGGGCAGACUGAAGUCCAACAAGAAGCUGGCAUCUGAGCUCAGCUUUGAUUUCUGUAUCGGCUCUGUUGUGUGCCUUCAGGACAGCGUCCUGGCCUUCUGGAAACAUGGCAUGCAGGGAAAGAGCUUCAAGUCUAAUGAGGUGACCCAGGAGAUUUGUGAUCCAAGCAGAGUCUUCCGCCUCCUCGGAUCUGACAGGGUGGUGGUUUUGCAGAGCCGACCCACAGACAACCCGACGGCCCUGAGCAACCUCUACAUUUUAGCCGGUCAUGAGAACAGUUACUGAGCCUCCCCCGCAGGAGAAAAGUGGAUACGAUGCCUCCGUUUUUAUUUGGGAGAAAACUCCAGACCUUCACCUCAGGUUCUGUGUCGAGGGAAACGCCUGGUUUUAAAACAGCUAUCGGGAGCUUUUUGUUACUGAUCACGGGAUCGACAGGUCAGUAAAAAAAGAGGAGCCUCUUCAGUCUGGAUUCAUGAGUAGCCUUACACCAGCAACACGUUCACCACAAACGACAAGGAAACCAUUAUGAGCAGAAAGAGGAGAGCCAAUAAAAGCUGUAAUGGACAUUUUGUUACUUAGCAAUUUUUCUCACUUUUCCGUACUGUGGACUGAGUUACAAACACGUUAUCUAGAGGUAUUAUUGACAAAAGUGCCAUUAAAAUUCACAAGAAUUUGUGAUUGUAUUAGCAAAACCAGUGGGAGAUUUAUUGUGUUAUUGUCUGUAACAUGUCACUCAUUAAUCACCACCAGUAGGCUAGAGAGGAGAUUGUACAAGCUCUGUAGUCAAACUAAAAGCUCAGUUUAAACAGAAACCCAAGAGCAUUGUGGGUUAUUUAAGCAAUAUUUAUUAACCUCAUGUUAAGUAGGGUAUGUUUGAUUUACAGGCCGUUUUAGCAGGCAGUGACAGCGCAGUCCUGCUGUGUGACGAUUAACUACCUAGUGAAGCUUUGGGUUAUUUUUUACUGCUCUGUAAUAUAAGUCGCAUCUCUCCCGCUCUGCUGCAGUUUUUAGAAGUUGGAUAUAAUGUACAUUUUUGUUUUCUUUACCUUCCUCUUUUAUAGACCUUUUACUUCUCAUUAUUUGCACCAUGUAAGCACUUUUGUACAUUUUUUUAUUUAAAAAUAAAAUGACAAAAUGAGGGACAAUGCUAGGUUUUGCUAACAUCUUUGCAUUCCCUUCGCAAAAUGUUUAAUGUAUGCUGUUUUUUUUGUAAUAAAAAAAGCUGUUGUUAACAA